AUGGCUACAAUGAAAAUGACUCAAAUGCUAUCUGUACCCUUAAGUCGAGUGCGAUCACCUAAACUUAAACGUCAAACACCUGUUGAAGAUGAAACUGAUGGUCAACAGCAUAAUCCACCACCAAAAUCUAUUGCAUCUGAUUAUGAAUCAAAUUCAUCUCGUUCUCUAUCACCAUACUGGCGUAUUGUCAUGGAUCCUGAAUCUUCGUCCAGUUAUUUAGAUGUACCUGAAACGACAAAUAAUAGUCGUCGAUCAUCAAAUAAUAGUGUUGUACGUUUCACUCCACAUGAUGCAUCGGAUCUAUGUUCUAUUCUUGAUAUGACUUACGAAUCAGAAAAUCUUGAAAAAGCAAUUAUUAGCAAUGAUAAAUAUACUGUGCGUCGUAUUAUUGAUAUUCAUCAAAAUAAAUUUAAUUUUGUCAAAGAUCGUACAAAUUCAGUUCAAGCACAAUCAGGUUUCCCUGUACAGCUCAUGCCACAAACACAACUGCCUGCACAUCAAACAACAUCAUUUGGUUCACCAUCAAUAACAAGUAAUACGGAUUUAUUAGAAGCUGUUAGUAAACAAGCAUUAAUUAGUGAUGAUAUGGAUGAAUUACCAACAAUAUCAUCUCCAGAACAAAGUAAUUCGCUGCAUGAUGCACCAAGUAAUGUAUUAACAUAUACAACGGGUCCACUUUCGGCUGCAUUAAUUAAUUAUCAUCAUCAAACAUAUCCAAAUAGUCAUUCGAUACCAAAUCCAUCGUCCGUGAAUGUUGGAUCACCCAUUAAUGAACGUAUUGACUCUGAAUAUGAAUCCAUGUUUACAGUGCCGACAAGUUUCAAUAAGGAAUCAAUUUAUCCCACAAGUGAUUCACCUAAUGAUGGACCACCUAUAUUUCGAAAUGUUUUACAUGUUGCUAUAAUGUAUGACGCUCGUGAUGUUAUGCGUAUUUGUUUAAAAUAUGGUAUUGAUCCAAACGCACCCGGUAUACAUCCUAAUACAAUAAAUAUGUCAUCGCAUUCUCAAACACCAACAUCAAAUUCAUAUUCACAUUCAAGUGCACGUUUGUCACCUGAUUUACCGCGUGCAUCACCCUGCCGUAAUGGUACCUUAGAUUAUAAUACUUAUUAUACUAAUGAACGUUUAUUUACAUUACCACCAUUAUUUCUUGCUGCACAACGUAAUAAUCAUUAUGCAUGUACACUUCUACUUAAAUAUGGUGCAAACGUUAAUGCACGUGAUGAACAAUAUUGCAGUCCAUUACAUUUAGCUGCACGUUUACAGCAUGAUGUAUGCGAUAUACUUAUAUCGCAUCAUGCUUGUAUAACAAUAUCAAAUAAAUAUGGUGAUACGCCAUUGUCAUUAUGGUCAACAGUUAAACAAUUACAAAUAACAUUUGUUGAACGUGAAUUUAAUAAACUAUGUCGUAAACAUUCGACUGUAUCCAAACGCCAUCGAUUUUUAUCACGUGAUAAUAAUAGUGAUCAAUAUCAAACAAUAUCAUCGAUGAAUAAUUAUACGAACACAAAUAAUUGUAAUAAUGGUUUAGUACCGGCACAUGGUUUAAAAAAUUUAAGACGUGUUUUUCGAUAUAGUGGAAGUGAUUCGUAUGAUUCAAAAUCAGUUAAGAAAAGUCUUUCAUCACAAAGUUCAAUUGGAAAAUCGAAACGGCUCACUGGCAGUGGCUUUCAAGGGCAUGGACAUGGAGCAUCUCUUGGUCGAAGUGUGUCUCGGCAAGUUUCAGAAGAACGUGACGAAGUUGAUGCACCCAAUUUUGGACGAUCACUACACAUUAAGCGUAAAGUAAGUGGGAAAAUCUAUCCGUAUGAUGCUUACACAUCAAAGGAAAAUAUAUCUAAUUAG